AUGACUUCUCCGGAGCCUUUGCGUACAAAAACACCCGACUUCGAACAUCUCGUCUCCAGGCUCAAGCAUCUUGACCCCCUCAUCCUCCCCCACCACCGCGCCACCGACGAGGCACCCCCACGUACACCUGACAACAACUCCAGCACGAUGGCCAUAGGGGACAACCAUACCAGAGUAUAUCCUACCCCUCCCCGGUCCCCACGCGCCUUCACACUCGAUCCAGCCUUUUCCUACUACCCAUACACCCUCAAGGAACGCCGUGGCAGGGCUGACGAGAACGGGGAAGACGAAGUCUCGCCGGUUGUCACAGACUCCUUCGCGCCACGCACUUCGAUACUCGAGUCUUCGCCCAGCACGUCGUCUGUCUCCGCCACCUCUUCUUCGUCUCCGCCAACCUCCAUGUCGGCCUCUGUAGUCUCAUCUGGGUCUGCAAGUUCGCUUUCAAGCGCAAAUGUCAGCGAAUUUGAUCCUGUGGCGUCCCGGUUAGCCGCCUUCAACCUGGCUCGCUCAUCCUUUGAGGCGUUUGUAGCCUCACAAUCACGAGUCGUGAGACUCUACGACCUCCCACCAUCAGCAGAACGCUUUCUGUCUGCCGUGUUCGCGCCACAGCAUCAAACCUAUUCACGAGAUCAACGGCAUUGUUCCAGUGGCGCUAUUCCUACGCCUGUAUCGAUGUGGACAUUACGGAGCGGCGCCCUCGGAGAUCGUCCCGAAAGUGUGUGGGCAGUAUUUGGGUCCCAUGAGGAGGCACGCGCAACGCUCUCGCUCUCAGGAUCAUCAGCAAUGUCAGUGGCACCGGCCCUCGAACGCGAUUUGGAGCCGUUCCACCAGCUGCAGUGCUUCGUAUUGCAUACCGAAGAACCCACCCAGAAUCAGGAUCAUAUGCGCAACUCUGUGGGUGGUUUGGGUUACAGUCCUGGCAUUGAAGGCGGUAUGGGCGGCUCAGAAUACCAGAUCUCGAGCAACCCACCGAACCCCAGGACCAGUUUCAGGUUGGGCGAUUGGAUAUGUCCAUCCUCCAAGUGCGCUGCGCACAAUUUUGGACGUAACAUCCUCUGCAUCGGCUGCGGAACAUCGCGAGUAGGCGCCACUAACGAAGCUUUAUCUUCCACUACGGUCUACCAGACGAUGGGCGGACCCCAGUCGCAUUCGACGCGCCCAGCUCCUUCCCCCCGUUUCUCCUCCUUCCCCUCAUCUCCGGUUGCAGCAACAUCCACGAACCCAAUGCUGACUCUAAACGCGUAUGGGAACACGGCAGCGCUGAAUACGUCGUCUCUCUCGGCUCAUUCACCCGCAUACACACCAAACUUGCUCUCUCCCUCGCCUUGUUCAUCCUCAUCUUCCCCCGCCACGCCCUCCUCAGCAUCGACCUCGUUCAGUUUCCUCCCCCAGUUGUCCAACCCCCAGCAGCACUCAUUCGCACCGCACAGCAAAUCUAGCCACCAACAACGCCCCCAGCACUCUCCCUCGCAAUUCCCGCACCAAAAUCAAUACGCUCACGCGAAUCCGCACACGAAUCCGCACCCACAUCCUCUUCUCACACCCUCGGGACGUGCGUUCGCCCGCGGUGGGAGAGUGCAAAAUAUUUCUUCCGACCCGAUGUUGCCCUGCAUUAUGUGGUGGCCGGAUAACGAACCCCUACCCGAACAAGGUCAAAUCAGGCCCCCGGGGCUGGCCAGUGCAGCUCAUCCGCCUAUUUUGAAUACAGGCAACAAAGGCCCGAUCGCUCAUCAACCUGGCGACUGGAUUUGCAAGAAAUGCAACUAUUUGAACUGGCGGCGGAGAAAGGUGUGCCAGACUUGUUUGCCAUAUGCAGAAGGCAACGGUGACUCGAUCUCUGCAGCCGUGCAGGCUGAGCGCAUCGCGUUACUGACGUCGGUGUUGGCGACGACGCAACUGGACGACCCCUCAGCGUGCCCUAGCCCAAAUCCCGCAUCAUCGUCUGCGGCUUUCGACUUGAAGGCGUCUCCCCCAUGGCUCCCACUUCCCCCAUCCCUGUCUCGCCAAUCAACUUCCCCUACCUCCGCGUCUAGUACCCCGCUUUUCUCACCAUCAACAACCUUGACGUUCGGCGGAACUCGCUCGCAGGCCAUGACGCCAUCCGCGUAUGAGCAGCAGCUUCUCCUCGAUGGCCCUGGCUUCAAUCAGUUGAAAGUUCGCGGCCCGGUCCACCGAUCGCGCUCGUUCUUGGAGUUGUCGACACAGAGACAACAGACACAGCCGGUGGACCGUCCGAUCUACCAGACUGGUGGCGCGGGUCCCCGUGUUGCACCCCAGAAUGCUCAAUACCAAACGCAGCUCUCGUCUCCGGCGUCCCAGUAUUACGCGCAGCUCCAGGUCCAGUCGCCGGCCCCAAUUCUCCUCCCCUCGUUCCUUCAAAAUAUGGUGCAUUCGCCAGUCCAGUCGCCCACCAGCACGUCCUCGUUGUCUCUGGACGAUGAAGCCGAGGCUCGCAAUGUGACCGUCUUCGGGAGAGGAAGGAACCCCAGUGCCGAGUCUUCUGGGACCAUGAUGUCCUCGUCUUCAGCGUCCUCAACGUCUUCUCCUACUUCGUCGUCGUCUUCGUCACCGUCGCAUUUGUCGGUCAAGAACAUCUGGCAGCUGGACGGUGAGGAGUCGAAGUCUCUGUCCCCCUUUGUACUUUCGCACCACUCGAAGCUGGCGAGCAGCAGGAAGAGCAGCUUGGAGCACAUUCAUGCUUAA